GCGCCGCCCACCUCCGCUGCCUGCCCGCGCUGCCGGCUCCCGGCUGGCUCCCGGCCCUUUAAGGCGGGUGGUGGCAGCGGCCGCGCUCGGGGCGGGGAAAGCGAGGCGCGCCACGCGGGGCCGGCUCCGGAGCACUUUGAGGCAGCCGAGAGCACACUGCAGGCGAGAUGGCCCUGGUGCCCUAUGAGGAGACAGCGGGAGUGGGGUUGCAGAAAUUCCACAAGCCUCUUGCCACCUUCUCCUUUGCGAACCACACGAUCCAGAUCCGGCAGGACUGGAGACAGCUGGGCGUCGCAGCGGUGGUUUGGGACGCGGCCGUCGUUCUUUCCACGUAUCUGGAGAUGGGAGCUGUGGAGCUCCGGGGCUGCUCUGCGGUGGAGCUGGGUGCCGGCACCGGGCUGGUGGGCAUCGUGGCUGCCCUGCUGGGUGCUCAUGUGACUAUCACGGAUCGAAAAGUAGCAUUAGAAUUUCUUAAAUCAAAUGUUCAAGCCAACUUACCUCCCCAUAUCCAACCCAAGGCUGUGGUUAAGGAGCUGACUUGGGGACAAAAUUUGGGGAGUUAUUCACCUGGAGAAUUUGACCUGAUACUUGGAGCUGAUAUCAUAUAUUUAGAGGAAACAUUCGCAGAUCUUCUUCAAACCUUGGAACAUCUCAGUAGCAACCGCUCCGUGAUUCUUUUAGCUUGCCGAAUUCGCUAUGAACGGGACAACAACUUCUUAGCGAUGCUGGAGAGGCCAUUUACUGUGAGUAAGGUUCACUAUGAUCCUGCAAAAGAUGUACAUAUUUACAAAGCACAGAAGAGAAACCAGAGGGAGGACUUAUAGUUGGCUUUAAUUUAUAAGAAUGUUGUUAUUGAGUGUGUCAGUGAAGGUCUUAGACUGGGAAUUGAACCACGUUUAAUGAAAUGGCUUCCUGAACAAAAAGUCUAACCAGAGGUUCUCGAGGGACAAAGCGUGUGUUUAAUACAAAGCAGCACUUUGUCCCAUUGCUGUGACUUUUCACUCCUAUUUGACUCUGAAAAAUUCAACUACCGUUAGAGGAAAGCAUGAGGUACCUGUGUCCCAUACUGCUCCCUCUCGAUACACAAUUUUCCUGAUGUUAUAAUGAAGGGCUGGUAUAGGGGUGUUGUCAAAGCAGCAAGCUUGUUUUGGUGAGGCUAACCGACGCAAAUUAUUUUACAUACAUUCUGAGAUAUAUGUUUAGCCCAGUUUUCUAAUUUUCUGCAUAUAAAGCAAAGAGACCUGAUGUAUAUCCCCUGAGCUGUUAAUGGUCUUGAGAUCUUUUUUUAUCUGCCCCAUUUAGGUCUUAAAUAGUUUUGGUUAUUUGAGAGUAGGAUAUGAGUUCUUGGAGGUCUCAUUUCAUGCUUUUUGGCUUAAUUUCUGAUUUAGGUAUAUAAACAAAGGAUUAAGUAAAAAUAAAAUUUUGGCUGCUUUUUGAAAACCCCUAAAAUCUGGGCCCUCCAUGUGCUGUGCACGAGCUGUCUUCUUCAAAAGCUGUAGGUUUUCCCUGAGCCUCCCCUUUCUCCUUGUUUUUGUAUUUCUUGCCUAGGCUUUCCCCUCCGCUUUGUAGCUUUGUAAUGCAUAGGGUGACAAUGAAAACAGUUUUAAAUCUCACCCCUUCACAGGAGGUUAGCUCCCCCAAGAAGCUCCUUCCAUACUGUACUUUUAAGUGCUUACUCCCGUGUCUGGAUUUCCCAGAAGACAACGGGGAGCCUCUCGAGGGCCAGGACUGCCAGCAGCUCAGAGCCGAAUAUUGGUUGAAUGAAAAAGAUACAUUCCCUUUAGAGGGGACUGGUCUUUGGGUUAAAUGACUGCUUCAUUGCUUUAUGAUUAUCUUUGACAGACUUUAUGAAUGAAGUCACACACAUUUUCUUUAAAUAAUGUACAAGCUUAACAGCUUCAACAAAUUUAGAUGACAAGAAUAUUAUAAUCUCAGUAUGGGAUUUGGUACUAGAGAUAGAUUUCCUUUGUAAAACAUUAGAAACAAGACCUCCUUCCUCUUAACCUUUCAAUGACUGUCUUGGAUGUGAAAAUACCCAAUACAUUAUUUUCUACAUAUAUUUUAGAGGUUUUACUUUAAUAAAGAUGAAUUACGAAUUAAAAGUUCUGAGCAUUCUGUGAUGUACUGGUUCAACACAGUUCUGAUAAUUGCACAUGAAAUAGAAAUACCCACAGCUUAGCAAAUCCAUAAAAUGCCAGUAGUGUGCCGUGAACACGGAAGGUCUUUGAAGACAAGUGGAGGAGGGGCUGUGCAAUAUCAUCAACGCUGUAAUGAAAGGCCAGUCCCAUGCAGGUAUGUUGUUACAAGUAUUUGAAUUGGAGUUCAGCUCCUUUACUUUAAUAUCCCUGACUUUGGAGAACAGAUAUUAAAACAGUUGUGGGUGUGGAUGGAAAAAGGUGGGAUGGGGUGGGGGUGGGGAGCUUCAACAUGUCUAGAUGCUCCACCAAGUGAAGUUAAGCAUUAAUUGAUGGUUUUUCAUGUUCAUAAAACAGUAAGAAUCAGAAAGGGUUGAAGGUAAUUUUUUUGUCUUAGUAGAAGAAAAUACAAGGCAAGAAAAAUUCGAGAAUAAUUUGGUUGUUUCAAUGAAAAAUCAAGUGAUUUGUUUUUUUGGCUUUGGGUUUCAAAUGUUGCAGGCUAAGUUCCCUGGGGAAAUAGAGAUGGAGGUUAGGGUGCAAAGUUUAAAUGGGAAUGCUUUCUUUCAGAUCAACAUCUCUGAGGGAGUAAAAGUAACAAGACUGGGAAGGAGGGAGAAGUUGGGCUUGGAUGCAGUCAGGAAAGUCCUCUGAGAACUGAGAGCUGGGAUGGCCCUGCAAUUGGGCCAUUUUAAGGCAAGGGGGUGGGACUUUAUAUCCCAGCAGAGGAGAUUAGUCAUGUGACCUGAGGGGCAUUACCUUAGGGUGAAGAAAAUACCUGGAGGGGAUCUCCCCUGAGGGCCAUCAGCCAACAUUCCCAGAAGCUGGGGAAGGGACUGCUUCAUGGGGCAGCAGGGGAAUCUGUCUGUAUAGUAUGCCAGUGUCCACUAUAAAUGUCAGCAAAGUUGUGACAUUUUUCUCUUAUGUUAAGGGAUUAAUUCCAUAAGUGUGCAUUCUAAGUGUGCUUGUUUUAUCAAGGAUAGAAACCUAGUCUAAACCUACUGUGCACUAAGCCUGGAUUCUCACAUUGCUCAGUUUCUUAGAAUUCUUAGUUAUCCAGUGGAUAUCAGUGACAUUUCCCACAACUAAAGCCAAAUACUAGUGCCAAGAUGCUAUGUUAAAAUAUAUGUAUGUUGACAUCAGGUUCUUAGAACUACCACUAUAUAAAGUACACUGUCAUCGUCUAAGUGGAUUACUUCUUAAGGGUAUCUUGCUUUUAGCUCCUGAUAGAUCUAUCUGAAGCCCUAGUACUAUCUUUGGUUAGUUUCUAGUGGAACAUUUAUUCUUUCAUACAGAAAGAUCAGAAUUCUAAUCAAAACUUUAUCUAAAUUAACUGAACACU